AUGGCCGAGGAGGAAGCUGCGCACGAGGAUCCGGAGCAUACGACAGAAGAAGUGACGCAAGACCACGGUUUUCGCCCGGCAUGCCGGGCAGAGGGUCUACCUGGCAUCGUGCCUCCAGCCGUGCAAGAAACCCAUGAGGGGAAGCACGCAGAGGCUCAGAAAGCUCUUCACCCAGUCGAGGACCCAAAGGCAAAGCUAGACAAGUCAAAACGCACCGCGUCCGGAUCCUCUUUCGCACCAUCGAGGGGAGUCCUUUACUCCUUCGGCUCCGGUGUCCUGCUCGUGGCCCUCCUGAUGUUGGGAUUAUGGGUUCUUCAACUGCGGCAGCACCAUGCCGUUGAAGAGCUCCUCAUGAAACAGGACAAGGCUCACAUGCGGGAAGUGCGCCAACUCAACCAGCGAUUGGAAGAGAUGAGCGAUCAGAAGUCUGUGUUCCAGAGGCGGGCGCGCGACCUGCAAGCCCGAGCCGUGGAUUCCGAGACGUUGGCGGCGAAGCUGCAGAUGCGCACGGAGGAGCUCGAGACGCAGUCCAAGCAGCAGGCCGUGGACUCUUCCACCCGCGAAAAGGCACUGCACGACCUGCAGGGUGAGCUCAAGAACGCCCGUGAAGAGCAGAAUGCGACCGUGGCCCACUUUGUCGAGCAGUUGAGUCGGGAUACCGGGAUGCUGGCGGAGGCUGUAGAGCAAGAUCGCGAGAACAUGGAGAAGUCCAAAGCUGUCUUGACACUCCAGGCACGUGCCCUGACCAGUCAAAGCAAGCAGGUGGCCAACGGCAAGCGUGAGAUUCGCCAGCUUCGCCAUGAGCUGGAGGAGUCCAAUUCGAAGCAGAAGCGCUUGCGGCAGGAGUCGAAUUCGCAGCAGAAGGCUCUCAAGGAGCAGCUGGUCAAAGCGAGCCUCAUGCAAAAGACCAUCGUGGACUCCUCGGCUAGCUGGCAGCACAAGCUGCAGGCACUGGAGAAUCAGAAGGAGGCUCUGAGGCGUGAUCUGGAUGGUCAACGCGAAACUAUGAGGAUGUUUUCGACGUCCGCAAAGGAAAAGCUUGAAUCCGCAGAGUUGGAGGCAAAGAAGCGCGCCGGAGAAGCAGUCGGGAAACUGGAGGCCCAGCUGGCGCAGCAGGAGAAUCUUGUGGAGAGCCUGCUACAGCAGCUGCAGCACCGCACUCAGGAGCGGGAUGCAGGCAAGCUGCGUUUGGUGCAGCUCCGAAAGCGAAUGCAGGAGCAGGAGGUCAAGACGCUUGAAGUGCAGCGCGAUGCAAUCAGCCAGCGGUUGGAGCGUUUCCCCGAUCUGGACGACCAGGAGGAGGGUCUCGUGCCUGGUGAACCCGAAGUGCCGGCUCACCUUCGUGGUCAAGCCGGCUUUCAUGGCCAGAGAAGACAUCUACUUCGGCUGGAGGACUAG